CAUUCCUACAACAAUCGACCCCAACAGGAUGGACAUGCCCGUGAACGUUCCGAUAGACGAUCCCAACGCCGACACAGAAUGGCAAACUCUACCCCCCCCACUCUAUUUUGGGAAGUCUGCCCCCGCUAAACGUUGUCACAGGAACGAUAUCCUGCGGAAGCACCGAGUUAUCCCGGAAAAACCACCGUCCCCGACACCCAUCAUCGAGGAGGCGAUAUUACACGCACGGGAGCUGGCCCACGAAAACCGGCUGGAGGGAAAGGACUUGGACGAGUUGGACGAACUGGAGGACGAGGAGGAUGAGGGGUUUUUGGCCGUUUACAAGCAGAAGCGGCUCGCCGAGCUCUCCGCGCUAUCUCAGAAAUCGGUGCACGGUCAGGUAUACCACUUGCAGAAGCCAGAGUACUCCCGUGACGUGACGGAGGCUUCGAAGGGGUCCACCGUUCUCGUGAACAUGACGAGCUCGAAUGCGGAGUCGCGCCUGCUGUCGGCGCUCUGGCGCCAAGUGGCGGAGAAGUUUGCCGAUGUCAAGUUUUGUGAGAUUGCAGCGGGUAUGUGCAUCGAGGGGUAUCCUGAUGCGAAUUGUCCUACGAUAUUGGUAUACAAGGAUGAGGAUAUUGUGGAGCAGAUUGUGAGGUUGAGGAGGUUGAGGGGCAUGGAUACUCGGUUGAAAGAUAUCGAGCAACUACUAGUACAGGUAGAGGCAGUGAAAAUCACCGACAAACGGCUAGGGAGUGCGGACGAGAAUGACGGGGAUGACGGGGAUGGGGAUGGAUCUCGGAUUAGGGCUGGUAAUAGUCGCAAAGCUAAGGUUGAAGAUGACGAGGAAGAUUGGGAUUAGAUUGGAUGGGCUUAUUUAUUGUUUCCUCUUUUCACUCUUUCGGUCCUUCCUUACAAGUGUAGGUUCCACUGGUUUUCCCCGGCAGGUGCUGUCCUGUCCGACCCUCUUGGAAUACCCCGUUUUAGUC